AUCAAGUAUAUUCACAUAAAACAGGAAAGUUUUUGUUUGAUAUGUAUUUACACUCCUGUUCUAAAGUUAACAAAGUUACUUAAGUUUUUUUGAAAUUGAAAUUGGUUGGAUUUAAUUGAAUUCUACCAAAAUGCUGUCAUUGUUACAAGAAAAGAGACCUUUAAAAAGGUCUCGUUUGGGGCCUCCAGAUGUAUAUCCUCAAGAAGCAAAGCAAAGGGAAGAUGAACUAACUCCAACAAAUGUCAAGCAUGGUUUUGCAACUACUCCACCUUUAGCGGAUGAAUUUGGCACUGCACACAAUUCAAAUAUGAAUGCCAAUAAAGUUGGUUCGUUUAUUAAUUCUAUUUUAUCAAAGAAGGAAGAGCUGAUGACUCUUCAGGAUACGAUUCGCAAAAAACAACAAAUAAAUUGUAAAGAUAACUUUUGGCCAGUUUCUCCGCGUACAAAAACUGCAUUAGAUGCUUGGUUCAAAGAUCUUGCUGGAAAUAAACCAUUAUUAAGUUUAGCAAAAAAGGCCCCAUCGUUUAAUAAAAAGGAAGAAAUUUUUAUUAUUUUGUGUGAUAAUCAGGUAAACAUGCAGCGUGCAGCUUGGUUUAUUAAAUUGAGCGCGGCUUACACUGUUAGUUUUACUGAGUCAAAAAAUAAAAAACGAAGUAUAUAUGACCCUGCAGUGGAAUGGACGGGUAAUAUAAUUAAAUUUAUGAAAGAGCUCCUACCUAAACUACAUGAGUAUUUUCAACUUGGUUCUGAAAAAAAUAAUCACAACUCGAAUAAUACUGGUCCCGGAAUGGCAUUAGGACAAAUAAUAUCUCCUCCUACAAUCAGUAGUCCUGUAGCUGUCCACAGUCCACUAACAAUGAAUACAACACCUUGUCCUGCAUUUGUGGGAGGCACAAACACAACCAACGCGGCCAGUGGCGCACAGUGCGGAGGAUCUGGUUCACCGAUAUCAGGCAUUGGAAGUAGUUUUGAAGAUUGUCGAAAUGCAUUAAAAUACUGGAAAUACUGCACACGUCUGUGCAAGUAUAUGCAUGAGGAGUCCUUACUUGACCGACAAGAGUUUCUCAAUUGGAUUUUAGAGCUUGUAGAUAAAAUGCGAUCGCAAAUAUCUUUUGAUAUGUCGCUAAAAAAAUUAGUACUGGUAUUUGCUCUACAAUAUAUGCCCGAUUUUAUUCAAUCUGAACGUUUAAGUAGAAAAUUGGCAGUAUUAGUUGCCAAAAAUUUAUCUCAACUUUUAGAAGUAAAUGUUGAGUCUUCCUCAUCGAACAAAACUGAUAUAUCAAUGUCAAAUAUGGAAGUUGAUAAUGCGGAAGAAAAUAAAUUUAAACCGAAUACAGUUGAUACUUGCCUAAUUGAUUGUAUCAAUUGUCCUCAUCAUCGAGAUAUAGCAUUGUAUUUGAGUACAAUUCUACAAACAAUAACUUUAGAAUGUCCCACUGCUUUGAUAUGGAACGGAAUAAAUGAAAGCCGGGCAUCAUCAUCAUUGUGCGGCAGUCCUCUGGAUUUUAUACCUUUAGUUCCAUCACAGUUGCUGAUGCCUUUCAAAUGCGAAAAUUCGAACCAAAAUAUAAGACGACAGCUUCAAAUUGCUGAGACGGAAAUUGCAUUACGUUCUAAGCACGCCGAAAGGCGUUGGUUUGCAGAGAAAUGGCGUAGUUCAAAAGUUAAUUCUUUUACACAUGUGCUUAAUAUUCUUGACCAUUUAGAUACACAUUGUUUUGACCGUAGUGAUAAGGAUAAUAAUAUAGACAUACUUUACGCAAAAAUAUUUCCUCCUUAUGAUGGUAAACUAGGUGAUGCAGACACGAAGAAUAAAAAUAAAAUUUACAAUCCAGCAAAUGAUGCGGCUACGGUAAAAAUAUUAUGUGAAUGGGCUGUGUCUAAUCAAAGGUGGGGAGAACAUCGAGCUGUAGCUGUGGCUAUAUUACUGGACAAACGGCAAAUUGAAGUUACAUCAGCUGCAGACAAUGACCAACAACAAAAUACGAAUGGAUCUGAUGAAAAGGAUUCAAUAAAUUCCGGAGUUGGUUUGAUUGGUGGUCUACCUGUAUUUCAAUCAGUUUUAAUGGAUUUUCUGGAUCGAGAUGCUCCAGUUUUAGAUGAAAAUGGCUCAAACCAAAAUCGUACUCAGUUCGUAAAUCUCGUACACCUUUUUAGCUCUCUCAUCCGUUUCGAUGUAUUUUCACAUAAUGCCUAUAUGCAUACUUUGAUUUCAAGAGGUGAUCUCUUGAGGGAAAAUUUUAUUACUGAAUUAGACCAUGCAACUAGAAAUGAAGCCUCAUCUAUCUGCGGAGCUGAAUCAGUGGACAAUAAGCACUCUCCCACUCAUAAUUUUGACGAUGAGUUUACUUCUACCCUUGAUUUUAAACACAGUGAGUUUGAUGACUCAAAUGUCGAUGAUGAUUUAGGGAAGCUCCUGCAAAAUAUUAAAGAAAAAGGGCAACAGAGCGCACUUGAAACUCCAGACAGCCCAAAAAUUGCUGAUAAUUCGAAUACAAAUUUGAAUGAAACUCUUAUAUCACGUCAUUAUAUUUAUACGAAACAUUUCCCCAUUCCUCAAGAUGAAUCUUGUGUGUCCUAUAGUAAUGAAUGUAACCAACGCUACAUUUUACUAUUUGGUGUUGGAAAAGAGCGAGAUGAAAAGAAACACGCUGUUAAAAAAAUGUCGAAAGAGAUUUGUAAACUUUUUUCUAAAAAGUUUAGCAUUGACGUUGCUGAAGGUGGAAAAGUUAAGAAACAUUCAAGAAAUGAAUUUAACUUUGAAUCCACUACUAGUAAAUGCAAAAGUAUGUCAUAUUUCGAACAGCAUGUAGUCACAUCCCAGUGCGCUAUAGUGGUAUUAGAACAACUUAACGGUUUCGCUAUCGGUAACAAUAAUUACUUACCAGUUCAAGAACAUGUAGCGUUUUUGUUUGAUUUAAUGGAAAUGGCAUUGAAUAUACAUAGUUUACUAGAUUUUUGUGAUCACAUAUUAAAAGAGCUCCCUGAGAUCGAAAGCCAAUUACAAUCUAAAAAGUCUACAUUGGUUCGAUCAUACACAACCUCUUUGGCCCUUUACGUCGUUGGAAUCUUACGGAGGUACCAUUCCUGUCUCCUGCUUAGUACAGAUGAAACAAUAUCUGUAUUUGAAGGAUUAUGCAAAACUAUUAAACAUGUUAACAAUCCAAAAGAAUGUAGCUCAGCUGAACGAUGCAUCCUCGCCUAUUUGUCUGAUUUGUAUGAAAUGAGCUUUCUAGUGAAAUCAAAAGAAACAGAAACUGAGUACUUUCCGAUAAUAGCAGUUAUGAAAGUGUUCAAAGAUCUUUACAACUCACCAGAACAGUUAAGUUCGGUUCCGCAAUCGUAUAAUCCCCAUUUUUUACAAGAAUUAUUUGUAUCACCAAGACGUGGUGGCAAAAUAGAAUAUCAUUGUAUUCGUCAAUUGCAAGAGUCUACCAUCAACGUUUACAGUUUUGUGUCGAAUGCUAUUCUCGCUGUCUGCCAAGAAAGUGAUAAUGAUCAUUUGAAUGAAAUCGCCAUCUUGUGUGCAGAAUUAACAGCCGCUUGUAACACACUUUCAGAAGAGUGGAUUGCUGCACUUCAAAGUCUUUGUAAUGCUUCUAAGAAACUUCGAUAUCCUCAUCUUUUCGAGCUCGUUGAUGUACAUGAUAGCAAAGUUCAUAAUUCGCUAGCUGUUUUUAUAUGCAUUUUAGUAGCAAGACAUUGCUUCUCUUUGGCAGAUUUUGUGCUCAAAUUUGCACUUCCAACAUUAGCAAACGCAUAUCCUGUUGGAGGCGAAUUCACUCCCGAUGCUGAAGCCGGUGCACGGCUAACUUGCCAUCUGGUGCUGAAAUUAUUUAAAACCAUAGAGAUACCUCAGCCUAGAAUGUAUUCGGUGAGCACUUCCCCAAAUCCUAUCAAUAUUGUUGAAGAGUCGUUCAACAUAAAAUUGAGCUGUGAUCGUCACUUGUUAGUAGGUGCACAUAAAAACAUUCCUAUACAAGCCGUAUUGGCAGUUAUAAAAGCAAUACUAAUUGUUGUUGAUUUAAAGACACCUACUGUACCAACAAAUAGUACCUCUGCUAUUAAUAGUGGAAAGAGAAGCGGAGUUAAUACACCAGUGCAUCCCGGAAGUACCCCAAAGAGUAACGAUCGCCCAGCAGACUUAAGUCAAAUACUGGGUACGAGUGAUUUGUCAAAUGUGGGUACUGGCAUUGAUCACGAUAUAAAUCAACCGAAUUCCGGAAGUAGCAGUACGAAAUCUUUGGAGCAGGUAUCUUUACUUGAAUUUGCGAAUCAUGUUUUAAAACAAAUAUGCUCUCAAGAACAUGUAUUAGAACGUUGUUUGAAGCAUGCUGAUAAUUUAUGUGAAAUGAUAAUAGACGAUAUGCUAACGACAAAACAAGUCCAACGGGUGUUAUACAUGAUAUGUUAUCCUGAAGCUGAGUAUAAUAUAAUUUCUGAUAUGGAUCAAAGGUCGAUGAUAAUUCGAAUCUUGGAAAAUCUUGAGCAGUGGACUUUACGAAUAUCAUGGUUGGAUUUGGAGCUAAUGUAUCGUCAAAUAAUGAAUAAUCAAACCGAACUUAAUAGUUGGUUAGAUACAGUUGCUAAGGCAGCUAUAGAUGUUUUCCAAAAAGAUGCAUUGGGUUCAGAUAAAAAUGAAAUUUAUCGUGAAAAACAAUCGACUUGGUUAAUAGUUCCACUGGUUUCAAAACUUACACCUGCCGUUAAGGGGCGGAUUCUACGUGUGGCCGGAAGAGCACUAGAAAAUAUGAAUUUUUUCGCGAAAGCGCCGAAAACCGACAACAGUUGUAUUAGUAAUGGAGAUGAAAGAGAAAGGAAUGUUAAUGCCACUAUUAAUAACUCUUUGGGUGGAUUCAACACAACAACAAGUAUAAAAAAGUGUUCCUUAAAUUAUCAGCCUUUCUUAGGACUAAUUCUAUCAUGCUUAAAUGGACAGGACGAACACAAGGAAAGUCUACUGGUGUCAUUAUAUUCGCAAUUGUCUCACUGCUUGCAGUCAUUUACUGAGCAUGACUCCUCUAAUGGAUUUAAUGAUCCUCUGGAAAGGGAAGAAAUGCUUGAUGCUUUGCAAUUACGGUUCUCGUUAGUUGGUGGAAUGUUUGAUACAAUUCAGAAAAAUGGUACAUCUACUACAGAUUGGGCUAUUCUGCUAGCGCAACUUGUAUGCCAGGGAGUGAUAGACGCAAGUUCUAAUAGAGAACUCUUUACAACUGUUGUGGAUAUGUUAGUUACUCUCGUUCACUCGACCCUGGUAACGGAAAAUCACUCAGAACGCGACGAGAACAAAAAACUUUACUUAAAUCUAAUGAAAAAAUUAAAGAAGGAAAUAGGCGAGAAAAACAAUGCUUCAAUAAAAGUUAUUCGUCAACUAUUACCUCUUUACAAACAAACAACCGAGGUAAUAUCAUGCGAACCAGCGGGCGUAGACAUGAAAGGCAACAAAAUAUGUGAUAUGGAUAAGAAACAACUUAGAAUUUCAGACAAACAGCGAAUAAGUGUUUGGGAUAUUUUGGAAGGUCAUAAAAAUCCAGCACCUUUAUCGUGGGUGUGGUUUGGAGCAGUAAAAUCUGAAAGAAAAUGUCUGGCAUACGAAGAAACACAUCGCAGUCUAAAAUAUCACGCUCACAGUUUGGUUAAACCCCUUACUUAUUUUUAUGAAUCCUUGCCAUUGCCACCAGAAGACUUGGAUCCAGUGCCGGAGAAGAUCUGCAUUAAAGAUGAAAUGAAACCUGACACUCCAUCGUCAGUAGAUCAAUCGCCUAGCGCUGUUACUUCUGGAAGAGGGCGUGGAAAGGGAACAACUCGUAAACGUAAACCGAAAAAUGCAAAAACUUCACCCACAAAUAUAACAACUCAACCUCAGAUGGCUCCACAACCCCAACAAUCCCAAGUGCAGGCGCAAACUUCGCAGCAGAUGAACACACAAAGUCAAAUAAAUCCAAUGCAAAUGAAUACACAAGUUAAUGUUCAACAAUUUAACUCUAAUCAAAUGUUACAACAAAAUUCUGGCGUUAUGAUGCAGCAACAAAUGCAAGGAAACAUUCAACAACUUAACAGUGCUCAAAACAACCAGAUCGGUUUUAUGGGUAACGUUCCCCAAGGAGUAGCUCAGUUAAGUGGACAAAAUCAACAGCAAUGGAUGGGUCAAAAUCAGUAUCAUCCGAUUCAACAACAGCCUCAAUUUUAUCCACAUCAGGCAGCAAAUCGUUUUGAAAGGCCCCAACUCAAUCAGUCUAAACAAGCCUUAUGUAAUAUGUUACGACAGCGUCAGCCUACAUUUAAUCAAGGUAACUCAUCAUCAUUCAACGCUAUGCAACAGCAUCAGCAAAUACGUCAAGCACAAGGAUUGCAAACCCAAGGUCCUAUUGGAUCUGUACCACAACAAUUCGUUAGAGGAGGGAUGCGAGGAAUUCCAUCGAAUCAAAAUCAGCUUACUAAUGCUAUUAGUGGAGUUAAUAUAGCCCAAGGUGUAAACCAAAAUAGUAUUAUGGCCGCACAGCAGGUCAAUGCGCAAAAUAUCAACUCACAAACCAAUAAUCAAUCAAUGGCAAUGACGUCAAAUGCUGGUAUUAUUAAUACGUCAUCGAAUAAUCAAGGUAACCUAAUGAAUGUCCAAAAUACAUCUGGACUGGUAGGAUCUGGCAAUGUUAUGCAGCAAAAUUUAGGAUCUGCAAAUGCGAGCCAGAACAUAAUUAAUCAGGGAACGAAUCCAUUUCAUAAUUUUAAUCAAUACCAACAACAAGGUAUGAUGAAUAACGGUGGAAAUGGGCAGGUACCAACAUCUAACAUGGUUGCUUCGUACAAUCCAAUGGGCCAGCGAAGCAAUUCAUCAGAUUAUAUUCAACAACGCGGUGUUAAUGCUGUAAAUAAUGGCCGUGGUCAAUUUGUCAAUCCAACGCCUAAUGUCACUAUGGGGAAUAUGGUUGGGCAGAAUACAAUAUCCCCAUAUUCAAGGCAACAAACUCCAAGUGGGAAGCCAGGCGUUGUUUCGUCUCAACAACAAUUCCAACAACAAAGAUUACAUCAUCAAAUUAUGCAAAUUCAAGGUGGGAUGGUGCAAUCUCAAAAUCAAAAUAUAAACCAACAACAAACUCCAAAUUUAGUUGCACAACUUCAAAGACAAUUGCCGAAUCAGCAAAAUAUGCCUGGGCAACAAUAUCAGCAUCACCAACCGCCCUACUAAGAAAAUCUCGCGAUUGUAAUAUACAAAUAUUAUUCUUGUAAUCAUCUUAGAAAUUAAAAAUAAAGUUUAUUGUAAUCAGAAUAUAUAAAAACUAUAAAUUAUUGGUCAUCUGGUUGUUGAUUCCGAUAAUUUAAAACACGUACAAUUUUCUCACAAAAAUACAA